AUCCUCAUCAUCACCAUCACUACACAAAUCUGUGACUCGGAAUUCCACAUGGCUCCCGUACUGAUAAGCUUGUGUACCCACACGGGAUUGGGAGAGAAGUUUUGGUGCGCAGUGCUUUCGCCACAUCACCGCGGGAUAGAGUGACAGCCGAAUGUAUCCGUAUGCUAGUAUAUUGGUUCCAGGUGCUAGAUUAUACAAGAUCCAGAAUGACACUAGAGUGUCAGCUUGUGUAUGUAGACCAACCCAUAACUCAGGUUUUGCGGUGUACGAACAGCGAGAGCAAGUCUAGAGCUGCUAAUGCAUCAGUAGGGAGGGGUGCGAUCUUUUGUACAUUUACAUUACAUUAAAGCAAUAUAUUCUGUUUGAGGUACAUCCCAGUUGGUUGUGAGAAUCUAUCAUAUUGCACUGCGCCAGAGCAAGAAAUGGCCAUCUUGAUGAAGAUGAGAUGUCGUUGAAUGCAUAGUCAGUGAUUGGCUGCGCCCGUUUUAUACGCUAGUUCGAAACGGGCUAGUAGAUCUGUCUGACCAUAUACCAAUCUGUGGGAUCUUAACAUCUUCACUCAACACUUCCACACCCGUGCUUGUCCACUUAACCUACCUUUUCCUGAGUCCCAUACUUUUGGUCAUCAAUACCAGUGCAGAGAAGCUCGGUGCAUGGAAUCAUCACCUUGAGUGGUAGUCCCGAGUCGAGAGAGCUGCUUUACGUCACUCAGGAUCCGGACGGUCCUUAAUCCAGCUUUUAGUAAUCAGGUCGGACUUUUUGGUAUUAUUUCCUCUAUCACAUGUUGCAUGCCAUGUACAUCUAUUCGCUACUGCAUCGUCUGUUCCAUCCUAAUUCCCACGGAAUUUGAAAUUGCGGACCACCUAUUUGCUAUACAUAAACUCAUUCUAAUAGGCACGUAAUCUAGGCAGUAUUCUUUAUUUGCCUCCUGCACCCUUUCGAGCUGCACAACUAUAUAGCCUGCCAUUCCCAUCAUUUUCGACCGGAAUUUAGCACUUCCAACCAGCACCUCCAGCGCCUGAACUCUGUUCUUUGUGGACAUCACCUAUCUCGACUUGUAACUCUCGUUUGAUUCCUGCCCGACACUCAGCCCAACCGCUAGUAACCACCCGCAUCGAGUUGCUUCUACGGAAUUCUUAGUACCGGGUCUCGCUGGCACGAUACCUAAUAUAUAUUUCCCAAGAUCUUACACUCUGCCUACACACGUCCUACCAACGAGCGCGAGCGACUCUCGAAUAGAUUGCAGAAAGUAUCAACAUGAAACAGGACAACCUUAAGACCGAUAUAUACUCCAUAUCCAAAAUGAACAGCGGUAAUGCCCAAGCAAAUAAAAUUGAUACGGUCUCCGAAGUUGUACAGCCAGAAUUGAAUGUGUAUGCAUCAUCGUUCAUACCAGAGAUCUACAAGGAUAUCAACCGAGAUGGCGGGGUGGUGGUUGAUAUCGAUUCGAAGAUUUGCAUUGACUACUCGAGAUAUAUACAGAGCUUUGUGGGCUUUUCCUUUGUUCCCUCAAGGCUCCCUAAACCGAAUCAGCACCUCUUCUCCGCCUCGAAUCGCCAAUACCUACGGCACAUGCGUGCACUGUGGGAUGUUGAAAAGGCCGCAAAGCUCCUCGAGGACGAAGGGCACUCUCUAUACAGAGUGCUGUUGGGAGCUCGCAUACUGGAUGACCAGAGGUUUCUUACAUUACAAAUCCCUGGACUGAGAGAAAACAGCCCAUCAGUGGAAAUAGGGGACACUAUACAAUUACGGCCUCUUUUCGUCGAUUCUAGUGGGAAUCUCACCGACGUCUAUAUGCACUUCAAUUACCCCGAUGUCCAGAUGUAUCCUCGCCAUUGGACGGGUACCAUUUGGAAUGCCUCAGUCCACUAUGUCCAUCGAGCUUCGGAAACUGUGUACCUAAAAGCGGAUGACCUUAGAGAAACCUGGAUAGCGAACUUUCGCUUCGAAUUAUACGUAAACGUGGUUUUUCCGCCGAAAUCGAGGCAUCUGAAGGCAGCCCACGAAGCUCUAGUCUUGAUUGAUACCAUUCUAACAGAGAUUGAUGCCUCCGAAGGCGCCGCUAACGGAGCCUGGGAGCAACACACCAGAACUAUGAGCGUCACAAACGGGGCUUCAGGAGGACAGGAUCCUCCGCUUAACUCUCAAAAAUCCGCGUCUUCGCCACAAAUAGAGGCCAUCCAACGCCCAAAUAGUUGGACACGUCGAAUCCUGUUUCCCGAAGAAUCAGAUGGUCAAUGGCAGCGACAGCUACGCCGAUAUCCAGAUCGCAAGCUAUUCGAUCCCCAAUUGAACUAUGAACAGGUCCAAGCUGUCAACUCUGUUUGCAAGAACGAUUAUGGUAUUUUGCCCUAUUGUAUAUCCGGACCACCAGGAACUGGGAAAACGAAAACAUUGGUCGAGCUCGCUAUGCAACUUCUCGAAGGCCAUACGGUUGAUCAUAUCUUGAUCUGCGCGCCCUCAGAUCAGGCUGCGGAUACACUAGCCCUCCGCCUUAAGAAGUACCUUACUCCGACUCAGCUUCUCAGACUCAUCGGACCCUCCAGAGCUGAAAAUGAAGUGCCCCUUGAACUCGUCGGCACAGGCUAUACAUAUAGUGAAGAUGGCAUGUUCUAUAUCCCUCCUUUCCAACAGCUGAUGAAAUAUAACGUUGUCGUGACUUCCUGCAGAGACGCUUCCAUUCUCAUGCAAGCACGAAUCACGAACGCGGAUCUGUGGGCUAUAGAGCAAAGCAUGCUCCAAUCAUUUCGCCCGGAACAAACAACUCCGUCUCCAUCCCUUCAUUUCGGAGCCCUUUUAGUGGAUGAAGCUGCCCAGGCUGUCGAGCUCGAUCUGCUUCCCGCCAUCAGCGUCGUGUGCCCACCAGCCGCGUACCCGUCAUCCAUGCAGCAACCGCGCUUCGUCAUGGCUGGAGACGAGAAGCAGCUAGGCCCACAAACAGCAUCUCGAGAUCCAAGGUUCUCCCGUUCCCUCUUCGCCCGUCUAUUCACUAGACCCCUCUACCAAAACCAUCCGCUCUCCCGCUCCAACAUGAAACCCUCUACACACCCACCCGUUCUAACAAAAGACAAACUUCCAAUUCUAUACCCACCCUUUGCGAAUUUAACCCGGAACUAUCGCUCUCAUCCCGCCAUAAUCAGCAUCCCAAGCUGCCUCUUCUACAACGACACCCUAAUCCCAGAGAAGAAACAACUACCCCCUCCUCCAUCCUCAACACCAACCCUCCAAACCUCCCCACUCUUCAACCACGGCAAAACAUGGCCCGUCCUCUUCGUUCCAAACACCUCCCCCGACGAGAUCGAGCGCGAAAACGGCGGCUGGUACAACGUCGGCGAAGCAAUCCUCGCCUGCAACAUCGCCUCCCACCUCCUCUCGCAUGCCGCAUCCCUCCCACAAUCCUCCAUCUGCAUCAUGUCACCCUUCGCCGCUCAAGUCCGUCGGAUCCGCGCUCUGCUCCGCUCAUCCGCGUAUAACCUGCGCGACGUCAAUGUGGGUCCUGUCGAGGCGUUCCAAGGACUAGAAAAAGAAGUCGUGAUCCUAUGCACCACGCGCUCUCGCGCAGCAUUUCUAGAUUCGGACAUCAAACGCGGAUUAGGCGUUGUAGGGUUCCCUCGGAAAAUGAACGUUGCGAUUACGCGAGCGAAGGAGGCUUUGUUCGUGUUGGGGCAUCCCGGUGUGCUGGGUACCGAUGAGGUGUGGAGACAGUGGAUGGGGUUUUGUGCGCGGAAUGGGCUCGUCUAUAACCAUGGUGGUAGUGGCGGGGAGGUUCUUGGGGCGAUGGAGGGAGUAGGAGGGGAGGUGGCUAGUGGGGCUGAGGAAGGGAUGAAAAUUGGAGUUUUGGAGAGAGCGCUUGUUGCUAAGGGAAGGAAGAUGGUGGAAGGAAAGGAAGAGAGGGUUUUGGGAGGUGCGAUGGAUAUGGGGAUGAUGCAGCUGGAUGAUGGAGGGUACGAGGCGUGGGUGGAGGGGUUGCGGGAGGCGCUUGAGGAAGAGGAGGAGACUGACGGGAUUGAAUAUGAAGAAGAGGGGGAACAGGAUGAUGGAGCGGAGGAAACCUAGGGUAUUGAAUACGGAAAAGAAUAGAUUGUGAGCGGACACGAGGCUGACAAGUUGGGAGCACUGAAUGAGGUUGGAUUUUCGUUAACCCAUC